AGCGGAGCCCUGACGAGCGAAGGCGCCGCGCAGCCGGGAGCGCGGGCGGGCCUGCCUCUGACUCCGCGCCCACCUCCAUGAGCGACGGCUGCGAGAGCUGGGGCGCCGGCGGGGGGACGGGGGGAGCCGCAUGGCCCCGGCGCUGGAAAUGACUUCUGCUCAGAGCGCGGCGGGGAGCGAGGAGCCACCCGCGCCGCCUUUCGGCAAGCCCGGCCCGACGGGGCCCCCGGGGGCCACCAGGGGCCGGGAGGAGGGCGGCGGCGGCGGCGACAAGCCUAAGGCGGCUCCGGCUCUGCUCCCCUUCAGCGUCGAGGCGCUCAUGGCCGACCGCAGAAAGCCCGGCAGCCUGCCCGGCGGGCCCGAGCGGGGGGAGCCGUCGGCGCACCCGAGGCCCCUCAGUCCCAGGAGGGGGGCGCCCUCUCCCGCGGCGCCGGAGAGACCGGCCUCGGCGCUGGCCAUCGCCACCCAUUUUGCUGUCGGGGGAUUAGUCCCGGUGCCCGAAGAGGCGCUCGCCAAAGCCGAAAGCCCCGAGAAGCCGGAGCGGACGCCCUGGAUGCAAAGCCCCCGCUUCUCUCCGCCGCCGCCAAGUAAGUGAGCAGCCGGGAAGCGCACGUGGACUUGGCCGGGAGGCGAGUAGCCAAAGCGCUGCGCUUGAGGAUGGGGAAGCCGGUCUCGGCUGUCACUUAAGACAAGGGGACUUUUUACUUUCCAGUAAAUGCAUGUGUUGAGCGCCGGAGAGAUGUUCCAGGUUGCUGCUUCCGCUCGUGGAACUUGAGUUGCUAGUUAAACAAAAUACAAAACAAACCAACCAACCAACCGGCCACCAACUCAAAGCGCGUAGGUGCCCGGCCUUGAUUCCUAGCACGAAUGGGGCAGGCACGCUCAAAAGGUGUUUACUUGGAAGUAAGGAGCACCGGUUUCUAACAGGAUCGGCUUCCCCUUGCUUAAACCAAUCCUUGGUCUCAAGAGGCCUUGCUUCCAAGUCAGGGAUUAGUCGGAUAGCGGCGUUUUAGCCAAAUUGAAGCCGAGAGCGUCGAGCAGCCCGGAAGCUGAGAUCGAGGCGACCUUUUUAAAAUAUGCUUAGAACCAGAGCAGCUUCCAUGCAGCUCCUGCCUGCCUUCCGCUGCUGCUUGACUUGGCCGUGAAGCAGCGGCAAGCUGCCUCCAGCCCGAAUGCGGCCAAAGGGGAGCCCGGGAGUUGCCUUCAUUGCAGAUCGUGUCGCUCCUGUAGGGGGGACCGUCUCACUUUCCCCGCAAUCUUAACUCCCCGCUGCCUUGAAGCUGGGACUCUCGGUGGAGAGGGGCCUUUUCGGACAGCUAAAGCUGUUGGUAAACAUUGCUGGCCGGAUCCUGCCAACUGACAAUUGCCCAGAGAGCCCAGGGUCCCAGGGAAGGUCUCCUUCAGUGAGUUGGGAAUGAAAGGUCACUGGUUCCUUGGACCUGGUUUCUGAACCAGUCACCACUUUCCAGUGGGAGGGGGCGGGAUGCCUGGGACUUCCGGGUUUCAGGGCCUUUUCCGCCACCAAGGAGCCCGUUUCUGGGCUGAGAGAGACAGACAGACAACCUGGGUAAGGACAUUUAAAAACAUUGCGGUUUGCACACCAUCUGGAGAACCAGAAAAUCGCUACGAGCACAUUCGUGCUUUUUAAAUAAAAAAAAAUGCUAAACAAAUAGGAAAACGUAAUAAGGAAAUCCGAUGAGUUUCGGCUGCUUAUUUCUACUGCGCUUCUCGUUAAUGGUCCUUAAAUUGCGCUGUUGGGAAACAGAAUCAAUUACAGCGGAAUCCUUUCCAUCACCACUGAGAAGUCCCACCGAGUUCAUUUGGGAAGACUCCCACGUAUAGGGUUUCAGCCUUAUUUUCCCUGUGAGACCUUCCACAACAUCCUGUGGUCCAGGAAACUUAGCUGCCAACUCAAAGUAGUUGACUUUUCUCAGCAAACUUUUUAGGAUCGAAGGUGGCGGAGUCCAUGUAGACCCAGCCCUGCCGCAUAAUCCGCCUAAACCUCAGUGUUUCGUUUUAAAGAAAGUUGAUUUGUUUCCGGAUCGGCCUGAGCAGGAGAGGAAUUAGCGGGGACUUUUCUGCCUCCUUUUCUCUCCCGCGGAUUAAAACAAGAGUAUUUUAGCAGUUUAAAAUAGUUUAAGGGCGCUAUUUUAAUGUGCUCUAACUCCUACUUGUGUCCGUGGAAAUUCCUUUCAGUCAGUGAGUAGGAGAAUCCGGGCAGAGGUGGCUUUGGAGAAAAUGCCCACAACAUUUCUAGCGAUGCUAAAUUCCACUACAAUAGAUCGCUCUGAUUUGAACCGUUUCUAAAAUGUCCAGCAGCCUCACUUUUGGAGUUAGGUGUUUGUUCCUUGAAAAGUCAUCUCUUGGACUUCCUACCGAUAUGUAAAAAGUGAAAAGCAACUGAAAGUAACAAAACAGGCUUCUCUGGUAUUUUUUGUUCAGGGCUCAUGUCGUUUUGGAUUAAUUAGGAGUCUCUUUCCGGCUGGAUUCCCAACCCCUGUAAUUGCAAUUUAUUUUUAAAAUGUUGCCCAGAUACCAGGAAGUAAUAAGGUUUUGUUUUUUGUUUUUAAAAAAGCAAUCUUCCAAAUAAUUGCAAACGGAAUGUGAAAAGAGAAUCUAUCCCAUAUUGUAAUUGUCGUCCUGCUAUGGCUUCCCCCGUGCAAUGCACGGAAUCUAGAAGGGACGGGGUUGGGGAAGAGUUAUGUGAGUAUAUCUUCAAAGACUAUCGAAAUUAAACAUAUUAGGAAGAAUAUAUUCUCCAGGUCAGCUUAGCGUACCUACCUAACUUAAAAUGAGCCAAAUCUACCGGGAAAAUCUUGCAACAAAGAUACUCAGGCAUUCCCGAGGCCUGCGCUGGUGAACUGUGGCUCUUUCCCUUCAAGGGGGGUUUGCUGGGAGAGCUUCCCGUUGGAAUGUUUCCAAAGGAUUUCAUCACAGCUGGCAGCCCCGGCCGGUAGUGAUGAGUCGCAGUGGGAAUUACUCCCAAGUAAAGGUACCUACGACUACAGUAGCUCCAGUGUCUUCUCUGCUAAUGGAAACACUGAAAGCGAUCUACAACUUUUGUGAGUGUUAGCUUCACGAUAGAAAUGCUUCACUUGGAUUCAACUUGACUUGAGGCUAUGAUUUAAAACAAUUAACUUGAAUCCAUUAAACCUGCCAGGCUUUAUUUUCAAGUAAAUGUGUUUAGCAGUCUAAAUUCUUCCGCUCAAAAGGGUGUGGGUCGGAAUGCCGAGAGUCGUUCUUAAAACAGGCCAUAAAAGGAGCAAGCGGCGUCCUCACGGACUCCCUAAUUAAUGACAUGCGCACUCUGUUUCCCAAGAGGGCCAUAAACGGGAUGUGAGUGACAGGACCUGCCCUUUUCAUUUUUUAAUUUUUUCCCCUUUAGUUCAAUAAUUUAUGGUUUCCUUCCUCCCCCAACCCCGCUUUCCCCUUCUUAUGAACUGCCCCAAUACUUUAUUUUUCUAUCUGGAGCACUAAUAAAUGCACCCAACCUCUUAAAGAAAACGCACCAUUUUGGGAGCCCCGCGCGUCUUCCCCCACGGAUAAGCCUUUGGGAGGGGUUGGCUGUGGUGGCGGCGUGGCUUCGCGUGACACCCCGGCGCCUCUUGGAAGGCUGCAAUCCUAUUCGCUUACGUGGGAACAAGGCCUUUUAAAGCGAGUGGGUGGGAUCAGGCUGAUUUGGGCUGUCAGAACGACCUCUCUCUCUCUCUCUCUCUCUCAUCCAGCUAAAAGUCACCUCCUUAUUUAAAUCUGUACAAUUCGGGGGGUUUCCAGCAUCCCAUUUGUUCAGUUGCAAAAUGUCCCCCUGGCUGUAAGUCGACUUGGCUUUCCUAUCCGGGAACAGCUCCGCUUCAGUAAAAUGCAAGGUCCAGUCCGUUUGAAAGUCCUUCUGCAUUUUAACGCGGCUCGCUCUUAAGUGUGUUCAGGAUUGUACCACCAUACAUCCUCCAGGUUCAGACUCCAGUUACUCUGAAUCAUUGUUACUCCGCUCAGCUGAAUUUAGAACCCAGCACUUGAUAUAUUCUAAUCUGGAAAAUCCCGAAGAAAUUGCCCUUGCAGCUUAAAUAACCAGAAGCACUGUAUUUAAUACCAAUUUGGCCCAUGAAUUUCAAUAGAGCAAAAUUGCCUUACUGUGGUUUAACUAGAUGACGGUUUAACCGGAGCAAGCUGUCAAACGAGAUCCGCCUUACAGCCGGUUUCUAAAAUACGUUUACUCUGAAUUAAAUCCUACUGAGUUCAGCCAGCGAUGCUUAUUUCCUGAUAAAUUUGCCCAGGUUGCGGGUCCUCUUCCGCUGAGGCGACCCUGCCAACGGCUUUUGGGCUUGCGGGGUGAGCAGGUGGUCUGAUCCUGCGCGCCAGCCGGGCUCCUUCGCCUUUUGCCCGGGGGGGGGGGGCGGCUCGGCGCGCCGGGGUGUCUUUGGGAAGGGCCUUACCGGGUGUCGCUCGCUGUCUCCGCAGGGCGCGCCAGCCCGCCGGCCUGCACCCUGCGCAAGCACAAGACCAACCGCAAGCCGCGGACGCCCUUCACGACGGCGCAGCUGCUGGCGCUGGAGAGGAAGUUCCGCCAGAAGCAGUACUUGUCCAUCGCGGAGCGCGCCGAGUUCUCCAGCUCGCUGAGCCUCACCGAGACGCAGGUCAAGAUCUGGUUCCAGAACCGGCGCGCCAAGGCCAAGCGGCUGCAGGAGGCCGAGCUGGAGAAGCUGAAGAUGGCAGCCAAGCCCAUGCUGCCGCCCGCCGCCUUCGGCAUCUCCUUCCCCUUGGGCGGCCCGGCGGUGGCGGGCGCCUCUCUGUACGCCUCCUCGGCGCCCUUCCCGCGAGCCGGCCUGCCCGUCACCCCCGUGGGACUCUACGCGGCGCACGUGGGCUACAGCAUGUACCAUCUCACCUAGAACCCCGUGGGCGAGCCCGGGGGCUCCUCCACCCCAGAGGAUCGGGUCUUGUCAGCCCUGGGUCCCUCGAAGGACAGGCACCGGCCAGCAGGGAAGGAAGGAGAGCUGGUCCGCUGGACUCGCCCAGGUAAAGCCUCUCUCGAAGGACCGGAAUACUCCGCAGGCUUGGGCUGCCCCUUUGGACGCAGGAGUCAGACUGUGGACACCCCGCCCCCCCAAAUCCCUCCAGGCCCCAGGACUGCACUUGCUGCUCUUUGCCGCUUGUUCUUCCACCAAGCCCCGCGGAAGGGCUCUGCGUACUGUGUAAUAUACUGUACAGUUGAAAAUUUAUUAUCGUUUAUAUUAAUAGCUAUAUUUGAUAAAUAAAUUAAUUUUAAAUGACCUUGGGGUGAAUGGUUGGACAUUGCCUUCUGUCCUGGAAGGUCUGCAAGGUUUCAUUCCAUCCAAGCCCUCUGAAUCUGGGGCUCCUGUUGAUUAUUUUUAUCAUUACUUCUCAAAUCUGGCUCUUAGGCCCCCACUCCCCACCCCCGCAUUUAAUUGCAGGUUGUGCAGAACUUCGUGUGGAUUGUCCUCACUUAUUUGAAGAAGUUCAACUGAUUUUAAAGAACUUACUUGGAAGUAAAGUGCCUAGGUUUGCAGUGCAAAGACCUAGAUUUCUCUGGUCUGAAGAAGACCAAAGGUGGUGUAUUUUCAUAGGUCCCCAAAUCUACUGCUUAAUUGGAAAGUAAGCCUUGUUGCCAGCAGUGGGAAGCGACUUCCCUUUCUGUCCUUCCAAGAAUAUAUAUCUACCAUUGGGUUUCUCCUUUUCAGAACAAAACAAAUUUCACAAAGGCCUCCCCAGGCACCCAAGCAUUCCUAUUUCAGAGCACAGUCUUGGAUCUGAGUAAGUAAUGUGGAUGAAAAAGCUGUGCAAAUCUGAUCUCAUCAGAAAAGCUUCCUAUCUAGCGAUAUAAACCGAGCUGAGCUGCGCAAACUUCAGUGAUCAUUAUUGUGACACCUACUGCGUUGGGAAAGCAUCAGUACUGCAAUCCUGUGCCUAAUGACUUGAAAGUUACUUACUCUGAAGUAACUAUACCUAGCAUUGCAACCUUGCAUUCGAAUCCUUGCCACAAUAACUUGAGUAAAUCCAUUUAUUUCAAUUGGAAAUGUUUGAGAAUUAGCCUCACUUUUUAGAUUUUUUUUUCUAUUCAGGCGUUAGGGGAAUCGUGCUAGGUGUUGUGGCAGGGCGUAAGCAGUACAUAAAUGCAAGUAAGUUCAAAAUGGAAUUCAUGCACUGAAACUUGUUCAGGACCCAGAGUUCCGUACAAAUAUUAAAACUCCUGGAGUGCUGAAGGGGGUGUCGCCAUAGCUGGAGUUGCAACCUGGAGUUGCAGCCUAUCCGCAACGUAGGCUGCUAUGCUGUGGACAUUUACAGGGGAGCAAUGGUUCAAUCGGUUGGGGGUUUUUUUUUGUGUGUGUGUUUUUGUUAGGUCAUUCGGAGUAAACACGCAUCCACUAACCUCUCCGUACUUAACUCCCUUCCCACCCACCCACUUUGCAGCCAGGCUCUUAUCUAUGCAUGCUUGCUCAGAAACAAGUCCAGUUGCGCUUCUGGGCCCCCGCCAACCCAAAUUCGCGGGCAGACGGCUGCAGUUGCAGCAGCUUCCCUGGAAAUCCGUUCCCCGCACUUUCUGCUGGCGCCGCAGGUGAGUAGCUUGUUUGGCUUUCAGGUGACUGCAGACGGGGCUGCUGGCCGGCAAGCGGGUGGGCGAGAGACUGGGCCCCGGCCACGGACUGGACUCGGGGGCUGCUCUAGGGGGCGGGCGGGGAAGGGGAGGCGGCCAUGCACAGGAGCUCCGGCCCCGGGAUCGGCUUUCUCCUGCGCCCGGCGCCGGCAGGGCUCGCGGCCUCCUGCUUUCCGGGCUCCGCGCGGCUGCCACGGGGGGGAAAGAAAGCCCCCACCUUCGCCAAACGCGGCUGGAGAUCCGAAAGAGAUUCGGCUCCAAGCAGCAGGGAGCGCGGAGGGGGGACGGGGGACUCCGGGGCGGAUCCUCCGCCUUCCCACGCGGGGGCUGGUGGCGUCGUGGGCGCUUCUCCCCUCCGCGAUCCUGCGCGCCCUGGGUGCUGCCUGCGGGUCGAGAAGAAGCAGGAUCCGCCGGGCCUCGUGGGCUUCAAGGGCCCCCGCUCGCCCCUCGAACCAGCGCGCCAGCCUCGCCUUCCCUGCCGGCUGCUGCUCGCUCUCUCGUCUCCUCCCGGCUCACCCGGGCAGGAAAAGCUCCGGGCGGCGCUCCCUCCUCCGGCCUUCUGGCCGGGGCUCGCCGGCUGGGGUCGCCUCCGGCUGGCGCGGCUCCGGGAGAGGAGAGGCCGGCGGGCGGGCGGACGAAGAGCGCUCGGCCUUCCCUCAGCCCGGAGCCCCCUCGGCUGCUCCCCUCGGCCCGCCCGAGGACGAUUAAUAACGGGCAGGACAAUACGUCGGGCGCUGCCGUCACACGCCCCAGCGCCCCGGCUGAAUGGCCAGGCCGGCACAAAAGGCCCUCGCCGGCGAAGCGAGCCGCGCUUUGGUGUCUUUGUGGCCUCGGGGGCGGCGGGGGCUGAGCAGGGCCGCUUCCCUUUUAAGCGGGCGGCGCCGGCGCCACGCAGCCCCGGCCAGGUUGGCUUCCUUUCCGGGGCCCCGCCGGCUGCCUGCCGCGCUCCCAAUCCGAACAGCUCAGGGGCGCCAGGUCUCCGUAGAAACAUCGGGGCUAUUAAAGGUGGGGCGGGCGAGCGAGGCCCGCAUUCCCACGUAGUGUUCCCGUGCCCCUGGGGUGGGUUAUUUUAUCAGUUACUUAAUAAAUAAUAAUGAUAAUACUAGAUGGGUGGCGGGCCGACGGCUGCCUCCCUCUUGCAGGCCCCGGCCAGGGCAACGGGAUGGUCCCGCCCAGCUCAGGAAGCAGUUUUCCUCCUUCAUAGCAACUUCUUUAGAGGCCCGGGAUGGCGAGAAGGGUGAUCUGCAGUGGAUCGGGAAGGAUUUCUGGCCCUCAUUGUUUUAAGCAGCAGAGAUAAUAAAGCAACCAACCCCCGACUUCCCUAAACUAGCUGCUUAAAAUGAUGCAAACUUGGGGUGACUGAGAAUAGGUUUUGGGGGUGAAGCACUGCAGGUUCCCUUGAGUCUGAUACUGAAAACAAACCUCUUUGCUUAGUAACUGCUCAGAGGCACCUUGUUCUUUCAUGCUAAUCCUGUUCUUUCAUUCUAACUGUUUGCCUUCUAAGGACCUUCUCAGGAGCCUCCUGGACCAAGCCAGGGGCCCGUCUAGUCCAGCACCCCGUUCUCAAAACAGCCCACCUACCCGAUGAUGCUUAGGGGAAAUGCGCAAGCAGGACCGCGGCACAAAAGCACCCUCCCCUUGUGCAGCUGGUAUUCAGAAGCAUUGCUGCUUCCAUCCCUGAAGCAGAGCCAUCGUGGCAAGUAGAAGUAGAUGGCAAGUUCCAUAGUUUAACUAUGUCCUGUGUUCUUUUAUCUUGCUCAUUCUUCCAACAUUCACCUUCACUGGGUGCCCAGGAGUUCUUAGUGUUAUAGGAGAGGGGGGGAAGCUUUUCUCUAUCCACUUUCCCCAUGCCUUGCAUUAUGUUAUAAACUAUUAUCACCCCGCCUUUUCUCUAAACUAUAAAGUCUCAAACGCUGCAAGCUUCCUUAAGGGCGGCAGGGGGGUUGCCCCCCCCCCUUUAUCAUUUUCAAUGUCCCUUUCAUAACUUUUGCUUACUCUACAGUAUCAUUUUUGAGACGAGGGGACCAGAACAGUUUCUAAAUGGUAUUGCAGCAAAGAUUUGUAUAAUGACAUUAGGCUAUUGGCAGCUUUAUUUUCAAUUCCUUUCCUAACGAGUCCUUGCAUGUAAUUUGCCUUUUGAUGAGGUAUCUUUUAUGACUCCCAAGGUCUCAUUUCUGGUCUAUCAGUCUACCAGUUCAGGACCCCAUGAAUGAUGUGCAGUUAAGACUUUUUUUGCCUGGAUAUGCGUCUGGUAGAUCUUGGGGUUGUAGUAAAACACAGAACCCCUUAAAGCUUGAAGCUAGACCUCCUCUGCUGAAACUGUGAUUGGCAGUAGAGUUGAGACAGUGGAGGAGACAAAGGGGAGCAUUUAUUUGCCCAAUAUGUGCUGGAUGGUGGAAUUCACUGCCACAAGAUGUGGUGAUGGCUGCUAAAAUUGGCAGUGGUUGGGGAGGAGGGGAGGGGGCUCUCCACGUGUUCUAAGCAGAACAAUCAGUUGGAUGCAUAGAGGCAGUAAAGGAGGGUAGGAGAGCAAUGCCUUUAUACCCCUGCUUGCGUUUGCAUUUUCCAAAAGCGUAUGACCAGCUGCCGCUGGAAGCAGGAUAUUGGGCUAAUCGUACGCUGGACCAAGGCUUUUUUAUUAUGUUCAUAUAUGGACUUCCUUCCCUCCCCUCCAUAGCACCCCACUUCCAAGUGCUAGCAACUUUAAGGGAGCCGGUGAAGCAGCAGCCAAUCAGAGAUGUUUGUGUUGCAAGUGGCGGGUGCGUUUGAAACACUUGGAUCACUUGCAGCUGCACCCAGAGCUGGAAGUCACGCUGCAGACAGCAGACUCCGUUUGGCGCAAAAAAGAGGAGCAUGUGUGGAGAGAUCUGAAGAUGAAGGCCACCCAGCUUUGCAUUUUAAAAUAAAAUAUCUGAACUCCUGGC